GCGUGGUGCCUGGAGCACGCGGAGGCGGCCGGCGAGGUCGCCGCCUGCCUCGCCGAGGCGCUGGCCGGCGACUCCACGCCGCCGCACAAGCGCAUCGCAAGACUCUACCUGCUCUCCGACAUCCUGCACAACGCCGGCGCCAAGCUCACCAACGCCAGCGCCUUCCGCGCCGCUUUCCAGCAGCGACUGGUAGAGAUCAUGCGGCACUCACACCUGGCGUGGGCGCGCAUGACUUCACGUCUGCAGCAGGAAGGCUUCCGCGCCAGGGUCACACGCAUCCUGCAGGCCUGGGCCGACUGGGCUGUCUACCCCACCGACUUCCUGUUGCAUAUUAAUGACGUAUUCCUCGGUCAGGAUAAGACUAGCGCGGCGCCCGAGGCGGAGAGCUGUGCGGCGGCGGGGUCCGGCGCGGACAGCGGCGGCGCCUCCCCCGCGCGCUCCUCCGCCUCCGAGGAGUCGUGGGAGGGAGGCACGCGCGGCCCGCUCGACGGCGCCGCGCUGCGCCGCCUCGCCGCCACGCGACGUGCACGCGCCCGCACACGCGCCCGCCGCUGCGCACGCGCACGCACCCGCCAUCGCGCACGCCACGCACACUUCCACUGCCGACAUCGACGGCGUGCCCGUGGAUGAGGACAUAGACGGCAUUCCCCUGGAGCUGGAGGGCGGGUCGGAGGCGGAGGCGCGCGCGCCGGCGGCGGGGUUCGUGCCGUCGCGCUGGGAGACCGUGGAGCCCGCGCCCGCGCCCGCGCACGCGCCCGCGCCCGCCGCCGCCAGCCCGCCGCCCGCGCACCACGACGACGACGACGAGCGCGCCGCACUCGCCAACAUGCACACCGACAAUAACGACGAGCAGUGUCUGAAACGUGAGACCCUCCGCGAGAUCGAGGUGCGCGUGCUGAAGUACGCGGACGAGCUGGAGGCGGGCGUGAGGGCGCGCCGGCCCGGCCUCGCGCAGCAUCAGCAGAUACAGCACUACAGGCGGAAACUCAUCAAGAAGGCGGCGCGGGAGGCGCGGGAGGCGCGAGAGGCGCGGGAGGCGCGCGAGGGGCGCGAGGAGCGCACCGCCUCGCCCGAGCUGCGCCGGCGCUCGCCCGCCGAGGACGACGAGUAUUCCACCACAUCAUCCAAAAAGUCUAAAAAAUCAAGGGAACCGUCGUUGUCACCACCACCAAAGAAAUCUCGAUACAGCGAUCGCAGAAGUCGAUCCCGUUCGAGAUCACGUGAUAGGGAAAGAGACCGCGAUAGAUCUCGGGAGCGCGACCGGGAACGAGAUAGAGAGAGGGAGAAAGAGCGUGAACGCGAACGCGAGAGAGAAAGAGAGAGGCGAAGACGCUCGCCCGCCACGCCUCCAGCACACCACCACCGGAAGCACAGCAAACACGCCAAAUACAAGUACUAAUAUUUAAUGGUAGAUGGCGUUAAUACGAAUUAAGAAUAUCGCUUUUGUAAGAUAAAAUAUAUCGAAAAUUAUAUCAGAA